ACAACCUUUUCCGGUAACGUCACGCUGGCGGGAAGUAGCAGACUUGUGGCACUUUCACUACGGUAGUUCAUUGAUGAAACAACUUGCUCAAAAACACAAAUACUAAAAUGUCCACGUCGUCAGUAUCAACGGGUUGUUUUGUUUUCAAGCCAAGCACGAAGAAGAAAAAAACCAAAUCCCUCGGUUUAGACGAGUAUUUCUCUCUUGGCUGCGAAGGCGUUGACACCAAUGAUGUACGAUUCGGACUUUUUCAUGCUCUAUGGAACAAGAUUAAAAGGGAAACGGAGCUUUUGCAGGAUGAACUCAACAGGAAAGUCCUGGACAGCUUGCUGGACUUCAUCAGCAAGUCCUCUUCUACUCGUCAACGCAGCAACUGGGCAUCUCAAAUGAGGGCCAGCGAGAUUCCCACGGCAGCGCUGAUGCUUGGAGUGAACAUGCCAGACCAUGACAUGACAUUCCAGAGCUUGUCUGAGCUCCUCCAGCAGUACGUCACUCCUCAUGUGGCAUCUGUCCAGGCCAAAGAAUGUGCAGCUUUGAAGCACUUAAUGAAGAGGGUCUUGGAGAGGUUGAUGGAUACAGUGGUGGCUGAAGAGGAUGAUGACGAAGAAGAGGAGGAAGAGGAGAGCAGGACUCCUGUCCACAAGGGCUGGCAUUGUUCCCUGAGUAUGCUCUGUGAAUGGUACAACACACAAACAAAGCACAAAUCCAGCACUCCUGGAAAAAAGCGCAGUUCUCCAAGUAAAGACCAGCAUCCCCCCAUUGUGAUUAUUUUUAAAGAUUUAGAGGCCUUCAACCCAAAAGUUCUUCAGGACUUCAUUCUCAUCUGCAGUCGAUACAUCGAGCGUCUUCCCCUCAUGUUCAUCUUCGGCAUCGCCACGUCUCCGAGCACCAUCCAGCACAUGUUGCCCCACUCAGUGUCAUCGCUGCUAUGUAUCGAGCUCUUCCAGUCGCUGUCAUGCACUCAACACCUGGCCACCGUCCUUGACAAGUUAAUCCUCACAUCCAAGUUCCCUUUUAAGCUGACUGGCAAAGUCAUGCAAGUGCUGAUCGGCCUCUUCCUCUACCAUGACUUCUCUGUGCGAAAUUUCAUCAAGGGUGUGCAGCUGGCCCUACUGGAGCACUUCCACUCGCAGCCUCUCAGCGUGCUGUGCUGCAAGAAGAAGCAAGCACUUAGGAACGUAACACAGCUCAGCCACGAGGACCUGGAGAUGAUUAGGCAGCUGCCUUCAUUCACCAGGUAUGUUAACAAGCAGGAAUCCCAAGAGCUAGUUCAACUGUUAAAAGAUGAUGCUCACUUAAAGAAAAUGUGCCGCAAGCUGAUAAAGGACCUUCAUAAAUACCACAAGAAUUAUUAUCCCACACUGAGGUGUCUUCACGCUUUGACCUCAUCGCUGCCUCGCUACCCCCUUGGAAAACAGAUCCGGGAACUCCAUUUAAUUUGCCUGGAGAAGUGUGUUUGGGAGACGGAGGAUUACCAGUCAGCCUUGAAGCUGCUUAAAAUGAUGGCCAAGGACGAGCUGAUGGCUUUGCUUCAAAGAUGCACAGAAGCAUUGCAGCCCAGCAACUCAAAGAUGAUGAAGAGCGCCCUUGUCGAGUUGGAAGACAUGCUCAGCAAAUUUAGGCAGUUGGAUGAAGCCAGUGAGGUGGUCCAAUAUGACGAGAGCGCUCCUGUGAAGAACCUUCAGAAAAAGACGGACCUGUACCAGCUGCAGCAGGCUCUUCUGGAGAUGAACAAGUCUAGAAGGUCCAAGAGAGAGAGUCCCUACGGGAUCCUGCGAAGUCAAGUCCUUGAGUUUAUCGACAACCUCGUAAAGAAUCACCUGCCUCCUCCUGAGUCUCAGACGCUGAAUGAAGUGUGCUACUACAGCUCCUCGUCCAAUGUGAGACGCCACCUCAACGCCACACCUCGCACAUCCAUUCAGGCCGCACUCAGCAGCCCUUACUACUAUCUUCUGAAUGAGAACCUAAAAACAGACGAUGGGAGCGUCUCCAAUGCGGCGCCUGACAUCUGCAUCGUGUACAAGCUGCACCUGGAGUGCGGCCGCCUCAUAAACCUCUAUGACUGGCUGCAAGCCUACUCAACUGUGGUGUCUGCAGCGGAGGGGAACGAUCCAGAGUCAGACAACUUUGGAAAAGUGGAUGACCUCAAACACGCUCGGUUUAUCAGGGCAGUUUCGGAGCUGGAAUUUUUAGGCUUUAUCAAGUCCACCAAGCAGAAGACGGACCACGUGGCCAGACUGACUUGGGGAGGUUGCUGAUCCACAUUGGUCCAAAAACAAAAGAAAUUCAUUUGGAAUGUAAUGAAAUGAUUUGUAGUUGUCUCAUCAAUUAAAGUUUUUUAGUGCCUGACA